UCCCGGCGGCACCUGCCUGGCACGACUUUUCAUGACGUGCCCCGAAACACGACCCCUUAUGACCGUAUUGUUCCUCGAAGCGGCGCGGGGCGGCCGGAGCUCGUCUGAAGCUAUCCAGUAGGAGGUGAACGGUGGCCGCUGGCGGCUGGACCGGGGCGGUGUGCCAGGCGGUCAGCAUGGCGGCACCGCUGACCUCGCUGGUGCUGAUUCUGCUGAUGCUGACCUCGACGCUCGGCUUCCUUGGCCAUCAUAAGAAGGUUCUGGCUGGCGAUGAGGAGAAAGGUCGCAUCGUCAGCUCUCACUACUGGGACAAGUUCAGAGACUUCAUGGACGAGGUGGCCGCCGCUGACUUCUUUGUUCGAACCGAUAUGUUGACCAAGCCCGACUCUGCCGAGGCGCUGGCACCGAGCCAACUUCUGGACGCCAUCGCCGCUCGCCUCGACGACUCAGAGUGGCUGGAUGAGCUGGACGCCGAGUAUCAAAAGUACGGCGAACACAACAUGACUGUGCUGAUCAACACGUUCCGAAAACUAGGACGGGUCGCCAAGAAACAUAAGGAGAAGAUACCGGUCGACGUGCUCCGUCAGCUCAUGUGGCGCGGCGUGGUGCGUCCCGAGCGGCAACACGACCUCGAGAAGCGUCUCUCGGCCGCGCUGCAGCUGUUCUUUGACACCGACCUGGCGCUGCGGCUCCAGCGUGUUGCUCCGGACGUGUUCGAGGAGUACCUGAUCGGGGUGUUCGAGUUCGACUGGAUGCCGCUGGAGGAAAUUCUGGAGGACACGCUGUCACACCACGAACUCAAGACCCAACUGGCGGACGAAAUCGGCGGCACAACCGAGCACGACUCAGUCCGUCCCUACUCCACCCACCAUCGGCCUCCCGGCGCUCAGAACAGCAAAGGCAGGUCUCCGCAUCCUCACGAAACAUUCCACACGGAAGCAACGCCUACUGUAGAAGGCUCAGGACAUGCUGAUGAUCAUUCCGUUCACAAUCGCGUUCAUGAAGUACAGGUGGAAACGGUACAUGGGGAUAUUCCCGAUGGCGAAUGGCAUGGCGGGGGAUUUGUCUGGCACGAAGAGCAUGAUGAUUUCAUCGAGGAUGUCUUUGUUAGUGACGAGGACGAAGGUUCUGGAAAGGGGAUCAUUCGUGAGGCACAUCCUCACAAAGGACGUCACCGGAAGCCUCACAAGCAUCCUCAUGAUCGUCCGCAUCACCACCGGCACCAGCAGCCUGCCGAGGAUGAUAUUGAAGACAACCUGAUUCCUGUGACGACAGAGAGGAGUCACGGGUACGAACAGAGUUCUGAGGAGGAGUUAGAGGACCAGGCGCAUGUCGAAGGAUCAGCUGAGGGAGACGCUUCACAUGGAGGGAGUUCUAGCGAGGAGGAACAUGAACAGAGUAAGUCUGACGGGUCGUCGCAUCCUGGGAAACAUGUAGGACGUGAAGACCAUCCAGGUCGACACAGGGGCAGAGAGAAGGGAGAUCGCGACAGUUCGAAGCGGGGACGCGGAAAGCACGACGAGCAGCACGAGGAAGAGGAAAAGAGCGGCCAAAGCGCAGACGGAAAGGAGAGAAACGCACGUAAGGUCAGCGCCUCACUGGUGUCCAACGAAGGUCCUCGCCGUGUCGACAACAAACACGUCACAGGUGAACAUCCCGGCAAGAAACCCAACAGUGGUGACGAGAAACAGCCCGUGCAGGAAGAGGACCCUCCUCAGGAUGCUGACGAUGCCUCUGGCGCUGAAGAGGAGGAGGGAGGAGCUGAGUGGAUCCAGGGAGUCCCGCCAGGUACGCCCGAUUGGUCGGAAGGGGAGGGUGUAGGCCACAAGCAUCCGCGCUCGAGCUCCAUCACUGAUCGAGUCGAAGAUCCCAACUCGUGUGUCACCUGCCAGACGAUGGUUACAGAGAAACGGUGUGGCAGGAUCUGUGACUACAUCUGCCGCAUGUGCAAGGGCGUGUACUAGAGGCUAAUUUGGUUUGUCGGGACGUACCUUGAUGUGCUGAUGGUUCGCACCAGGGUAUUGUUUAGCAGGCAUCAGCGAAGAAAUCACCUAAGCUGACGAGGCUCAUUGGGAAGCAGUUUAGUUCUCUGCGGGAGAAUUGAUUCGGUGAAACGGGCUGGUAGAAGAGUGGAGUAGAGGGUUUUGUAGAGCUGUUCUCAACAGCAAUGCAAUGUAGUCGUCAGAUCUAGAGGGAUUGUAGAUUAAAAAUAUGGUCGUUUAGCGUCUCCAGACUCCAAUAGUCAUAACUGGGAUUUUGUUAAUGCAAUGCGUUGCGGCGUGUAGUCUCGAAACGUACCCUAAUCAUUAUUGCAGCUUUGCAUAUUCAGCAUUUGUUUGUGUUGUACCUAACACUUUGAGAUACUAUACGUAUCAAUUAUCAUGUCCUUGUUCUUGCAUGUGUUUAGGUGUUUGUCCAACAGCAGCAUAUGUUAUCAGCUGGGUUGUUCAUUACGGUAUAAAUAGUCAGCAUUUAGCCAAGAUCUUCCCUUAUGCCAACAUGUCUUCAAUGUUCUCUGUUAAUCGUUCAUGUGCAUCAAUUGCGGCAUUUAGCCGCAAUUUGUGUAUUGUCCCUGUGUAUUGAUUGUCACGUGUCGUCCUUUUUACGUGUAAUGCCUCCUGUAGUAAUGCUCCAUACAGUAUACCGUUCUUGUAACCACCAUUCAAUGUUUACGUACGGACUAUAGCUCGCUUGCCAAGCACAAAUACCAGACGUAUUCACAACGCCAAAGUUUUGCUAUUGUUAAUAGGUUUAUUUCACAACAAACUUAAUGAUAUGCCUACGUUUUUCUCGUUAACAAGACCUUCCGUGUGCUUGCUCGCACCUUGUAGUAAACUUGCAGAUUUUUGAGUAGCCGUAUGAUAACGUAGCUUGGAGUGGUCCUUUUCUCAACGGGCCCGCCUUAUCAGUUUACACAUUCCGUCCGUUUACUUUUAUUUAAUCAUCAAGAGCUACAAUAUAUGUCAGAUGUGCG